GACGAAAAGUAGGAAGUGACUACAGUGACAGCAGUGUUUACAAGUGUUUUGAAGUAAUCUCAUCAUCUAAGAGUGGAAAAGACAAAGCUCUGAAGACAUAUCACCAAUAAUGAGUCGUAGUCGGAACCCCCCUCAGAAAGGCCAAGGAGCUGCCCGAGCCAAACAGAUGGGACUGCUUCUGGAUCUGUCCCCAGACGGUGGGCUAGACGAUUCCGGGGGAAAUGAGGAGGAGCUAGAGGCAGAGCUCUUUGCUCUGAUUGGAGGGGGAGGAGGUGGGGUCAGGCCACCUGGUAAGAAAGAUGGCGGGAAAGUUCCUGUCCCCAUGGAGGACAUUGAUCGCAUGGCUGCCUUGUGCAUGAAAGACCUAGAUGAGGAUGGAGAAGAUGACGCAGACCUAGAUGACGCAGACCUUCUGGCUGAACUGAAUGAGGUCCUGGAGGCUGAUGAGAAGGAAGUCAUCGCCAUGCCAACGCCUGCACCUACGCCUUCUCAGCACCCUAAUGUGGCACCCAGACCCACCCCCACUGUCCAAAGUGGUGCGGGCGGACUGGAGUCCCGCCUGCAGGAGCGCCUUGAUAUGUACCAGACGGCCAUUACCAACGCCAAGGCAGCAGGGGAAACCAGCAAGGCCCGCAGAUACGAUCGCGGCCUAAAGACACUGCAGUCUAUGCUGUCAUCUGUGAAAAAAGGACAACCUAUUAACGAGGAGGAGAUCCCACCCCCUGUUGCUACGGGCGGCAAGCCCACCUCGGCAUCAGACGUGGAACCAGUCAAAGAACAGGAACAGUUGGCCCCAAAAUACACACCGCAGUCUACCAAUGCGAAGCCUGUAGCUCUGCCCAAACCCCAGCUCCUACGUCCACCCACGCAAAGAGAAACAGUAGUGACACCAGACACACCAGCUAUAUCACCCCUAACACCCAGCCAACCAAACGCCGAGCAUUCAGAGCUGAAGGCCAGUGUACUGGGCAGGCAGCGUGAGUACAAGCUGGCUGCUCUACAGGCCAAACAGUGCGGAGACACAGAACUCGCCAAACAACAUUACCUCAUCGCCAAGAAAUUGGACUCUGUGGUUGAGGCGGUUGACAGAGGAGAACCCAUAGAUGCCGGCUCACUGCCGCCCCCUCCUGGUGUUGCUGUAGUUGCGCAGUCUCCUGCUCUACCUCAGUCUUCAUCCUCCAAACCAGUCACUACCAGUCCACUCUCCAAUGCUCCACUUUCUGACACUCCUCUCCCUGCUCCUCGUAGUCUAGCCGAGGCCCUACAGCAGCGCCUGGACAAAUACAAGAAUGCAGCAGAAUUGGCCAAAAGCAAAGGAGACGAUCGCAAAGCCCGCAUGCACCAGCGCAUCAUCAAGCAAUACCAAGAUGCCAUCAAAUCUCACAAAGCAGGACGGCCUGUUAAUCUAGCAGAUCUGCCUGUGCCACCAGGCUGUCCACCUCUGCAGGGCUCAGAAAGUGGUGAGCAAAACUUCAUAGGUGUCCUAGAAACGGCCAUGAAACUGGCCAAUCAGGAUGCAGAUGCGGAGGAAGAAGGUGAACCAGAGGAGGAAGUGGCAAAGGUGGCUGCACGUUCAGCUGCUCCUAAAGCUCGAACCUCUGGUCCAGCAAAUGCCUCCUCUCCUGCCACGCCCCCUGCAAGCUCGACAGGCACUCCCAAACUAGGCACCAAGGCCCAGCAACAGCUGGAUUUCUUGUUGAACCGUAGGCAGCAGUUUGUGAAGGCGGCUCUGCGCUCCAAACAGAUGAAAGACAUGCAGGGAGCAGCUCAGCACCUCCGCAAUGCCAAGGGCCUCGACCCCAUGAUCACAGCAGCCAAAGGAGGCCUGCCCGUGGACAUCAGCAAGGUACCCUGCGCCCCAGCGAGUGAAGAGGAUUACUCCCUCUCCCAGUCCCGCUCUCGCGCCUCCGCCCUGUCUCCUCGCUCCGCCCAGCAGUACGCCCAGCUCAUGGAGCGCCUCAAACUGCAGCAUGAGAAAUGCCUGACCUCAUCGCAGCACUUCACUCACAUGGGCAACGUGGCAGAAACCGUCAGGUUUGAGAAGCUGGGUGAGGAGUGUAUGAAUAAUAUUGAGUUGCUAAAGAAAUGUCACGCCAAAGGACUUCCAGUACCCAGCUACCACACUGAGGAGCGCACCUUCAACACUGUCAAGAUCUUUCCUAACCUGACAGCCAGUGAAAUGUUACUGACAAUCGUAAAAGGACUCAACCUCCCAACUCCUCCAGGAGUUUCAGCCAGUGAUUUGGAUCCAAGUGUGCGCUUUGAGUUUCCAUUCCCUAGUGCAGAAGAAGCUCAGAAAGACAAGACAAACACUGUGAAAAGCACAAACUGUCCAGAGUUUAAAGAGCAGUUUAAGCUGCACAUUAAUCGAACCCACCGAGGCUUUAAGAGAGUGGUGCAGACCAAAGGCAUCAAGUUUGAGGUCAUACACAAAGGGAGCCUCUUCAAGACGGAUAAGGUGGUGGGAAAUGCGCAGCUGAAACUUGAGGCCUUGGAGAAUCACUGUGAGAUCAGAGAGAUUAUAGAGGUGCUGGAUGGGCGUAAGCCGACAGGCGGGAAGCUAGAGGUGCGGGUGAGGAUCAGAGAGCCUCUCGGAGGAGUCCAGCUCCAGUCUGUCACAGAGAAAUGGCUGGUCCUGGACCCGCCCACCAUCACGCCUGACAGGGAGAGACACAGGGAGAGGGAACACGCUCCCGCGCCCAAAUCUAAACCUCGCGAUGAUCAUGGAAAGAAAAUUCAGACAAGUUUCUCUCCUCCUCAAUAUAAACUCCACAGCUUCAGCCUCCUCAACUAUGACAAAGAAAGACUUGAGAGGAAGAUUGGAGAAUAUACGAAAAGCAGGCAGGAUCCACCGCCUGACCUAAUAAACCAGCAUAAGGAAGUUUGCCACCGAUUGCACUGGCAAAAGUCCUACCUGGAGAGAGGAUCCUCAGCAACACUAGCAGAGUAUGACAAUGUGUUGAGGAGGUUUGCUCAUGGUCUUGCUGAUUCAGUGAAAAAGUUUUCCAGUGAAGGCAACAGAGAAGCAGCUAAAGAUGCUCUGGGGAGACUUAAAAUGGUGGAAAAUGAAAUGGAAUCCCUCAGGAGAAGGCGCGGUGUCUAAGCAUGUUGGGAACUGAAGUCGUAAUGUAGACAGUUCCCACACAGCACAAGACGAGUCACACAAUGACACACGUUUCCUACAUACACUCCCUUUCUUGACUGGUCUUUCUUACACCCGCACGCACGCACGCACACACACACACUCUUCAACUUUCACCUGGUAGCCGUACACACACACUCCUCCUUUUGACUGCUCCUAUAAAUCUGCAGCGUCAUUGUCAGACACCUGGUCUUUUGAUUCACACACACACACACACACACACACACACACACACACACACACACACACACACACACACACUGGGAUUCUGGGUGUGUUCAGUAAACUCUUCAGCAGUGAACGUACAGUUCUGAUUUCAGCUGCCUGCAUCUACAGGGUCAUAUUCACGAUUCAUUAUUCAUUACAUUGUGGCGAGGGUAAACACUGAUCCCAGUCCAGGACUCUGAAGGGGUUGAUUCAUAUGACUCCAGUCUGGCCAUAAAUAAGCACCAUUGCUCUGGGAGUUUUUAAAUGAGCAGACAUUAGUGAUUAGUGCUGAACUGAGGUCAAUUUAUGCUUUGAUGUCAUACUGGAUGAGACUCUAUGACCAGUAGGGGGAUCUUAUCCCAGAUUAGUUUUGUGUUUUAUAUGUGAGUGCACAGGUUACGGCAGUGUUUGAGGCUGAAGUAAUGUAUGAAGUUUAAAUGGUUUGCACUUUUACCAUACACUACAGACCUGCAGAAGGAGUAUGACUGUUUCUGAUCACUGUAGAUCUCUUUUCUUUCUUAGUGUCUCUGUCACCCUGUGCACUGACAAUAUGAGCAUGUGUUUGCAUGCGCGCGAGUGUGUGUGUGUGUGUGUGUGUGUGUGUGUGUGUGUGUGUGUGUGUGUGUGUGUGUGUGUGUCAGUCACCCACAUUCUCUAAUACACAUGUAUUAACAGCAGAUUAAGGGUGUAAUCUGUCAUGGACGUAGUGUAGAACAGGAGUACUCCUGGGUCCCAGAGGGAGGCACUACAGCACAGCACCAUUCCUCCUAGAAGUGGUGGUUAACUCAGGACUUCAUCCAGUGUGCAGAAGGCCCGCCAUGCAGGGGUGGAGCCGGCCCCCACUGUUUUACGGGGUCACCGAGUGUGAUAAUUUGGGAUAGGAGCCAAGCCCUGUAGGCUGGUGGAUUUCCAGGUGCAGAGAUGAGUAACCCUGCCCUAAACUUAUUGAAAGCAGCGUGGGCAACUAUGUAGCCUUCAUAACACAAAGUCCCUUCAGCAAGGUAUUUAUGGAUUAGAGUCUGUGUUUUCUAGAACUAGUUACCGUGACAACCACCGAUUCUAAGAUUCUUCUGUCUUCUCUUUGUAAUGAGACAAUCACAAAACCACAGUCUCUGUCUGUCUGCCCCCACCUUCCACCUUACACUCACUCAUUUAGAAGAAGUGUCAGAAGCUUUGGGGUUUGUAACCUUUUUAUUCCCAUUUUUUUCUUCAUAAUGGUUAUGGCAAUCAGUACAAAUGUAUGUAUUAAUGUAUGUAAUGUAUUUUUGAAAGCAAACUUAAUAUUGUAUGCAUCUAGUGAUGGCUAAAUCUACGGAUGCUUAAUGUAGAAUGACACUGUCCAUUAUUUUGGAUAAAUGGCUUAACUACUCAUUAAAAUAUCACAGUUAUCGUUU